UUAAACAUCUGAAACUCUUUGAUUUCACCCACGAGAACAAAAAGGCAAUCUUAAAUCUUUACUAACGCGAUCUUUCUGCAAAGCUUCAAGCUCUCAUUUUCUGAUUCUCUAAUUUAUUUUCCUCUCUGUUUAUUGCAUUUUAAGAAGUUAAUUUAUCAGAUUUUUGCUUUCCAUUCUCCAUCAAUGGCUGAAACGAAAGAUGCCCAUGUCGUAGAAAUCCCAGUAGACGAAGAGCAUCAAGAGAAACAACUCUGUGUCUCUGCAAUCCAUCACCAUCCAUUAAUGGAGAUCUCUCAGAGUCCCGGCCACCUCUUACUCCUCAAGCUCUGGCAAAGAGAGGAAGAUCUCUUCACCCGGCGAAUCACUCGCAAAGAAUCCAGAAUGGAUUCCAUCAAGCGAGAGAUCUUCAAUCUCUGCUGCUUCUUCCUUGUCUUCCAUGGCUUCUUCUUGACCAUCUUGUUCACUUCCUCAGUGGGUAGCACCGAGGAAGGAACCUGCGAGAGAUGGUGGAUUCCAUGUCUUGUAUCCUUGUCAACUUCGGUUGUGUUUGUGUGCUUGGUUCAGGCCAAGCUUUGCAGGUUCUGGAAGGUUUGGAAGCAGUUGCAGAGGGAGAGGAACGAUUACCGAGCACUCGUGAGGUGCAUCCAAGAGUUGAGAAUGAAGGGAGCCAGCUUUGAUUUGUCGAAAGAGCCACAGAGGAGUGGGAGGAGGAUGAAGAGCUCCAGUGUGGAGAUCAAGUGGAAGCCGGUCACUUGGUGUUCUCAGUAUCUGAUUACUAUUGUUCUUGUUUGUUUUGCAGGUCUGGUUUUUCCUGCUUCCAAGUUUGUUCUCUGUGGGUUCUGAUUAGCUAGAACCAGACCAAGACUAUCCACCCACAUCAAGCCUUCUUUAUGAAAGGUAACAUUUCUAAAACUUUUUUUAAUUUAAUGGAGAUGCUUAAAACUGUAUGAGCAUCUGAUCUCUGCAGACAGGUUCCAAUUUAAAGGGUUCAACAGAAUUAAAUGAACCAAACGAUCUCGAUGGCUGUACAGUAGCAAGACAGUACUACCAUGCUGCUGGAGCUGCAAUUCACCAUGUCAUUUUAGUUAGCCUUCAAGGGGAUGAAGCAUCUUGGUCCGACAACUGCUGCUGAUCAGAAUUAUACAUUGAAAAUCGAGAACUGCUGCUCAGGAUGCAAAUGAU